GCGCAGAUCGUCACUGAGGCUCCCAAGUUGAGGCGGCAGAGCCGGCCACGGCGCGGUUAUAGCGGAUUCCCACGUGAAGGGCCGAUCUCGCCUGAGCCCGCAGAGCCAUGCUGAGAUUGGGCAGCAGAUUCCUGAUGGGGCGAGCUGUGCCCAAGGCCCUCCUGGCAGCCUUCGUGGCCCUCCUCCUCGUUCUGCACGUGGCAAGUUCCCAGCAAGACUUCCAGUCAAGGAAACCGCAGAAGAAGGACCCCCCGGCCGACUUCCUGUCGCAGACAGGGUGGGCCAUUCGGGAGACCAUGGACGCCUGGAUUGGGCCCGACGUCAUGCACGUGGUGGCCGAGACCUUGUCCCAAGUGCUGUGGGCCGUCUCCUCUGCCAUCUCCGUGGCUUGCUUCGCUCUCUCCGGGAUCUCUGCGCAGCUGCUGAGCGCCAUGGGGCUGGAUGGUGAGCACCUCACACAAGGCUUGAAGCUCAGCCCUGGCCAAGUGCAGACCUUCCUCCUCUGGGGAGCCGGGGCCCUCGUGGCCUACUGGGUGCUGGCCCUGCUCCUGGGCCUGCUGCUGGCCCUGCUGGGCCGGAUCCUGUGGGGCCUGAAGCUGGUCCUCUUCCUGGUGGGCUUUGUGGCCGUGGUCAGGUCGGUGCCGGACCCCUCCAUCCGGGCCCUGAUGCUGCUGGGGCUGCUGACGCUGUACGCCCUGCUGAGCCGGCUGAGCGGGAGCCGCGCCUCGGGAGCCCAGCUGGAGGCCAAAGUGCGCGGCCUGGAGAGGCAGGUGGAGGAGCUGCGCUGGAGGCAGCGCCGGGCGGCCAAGGCCAGCCGGGGCGCCGAGGAGUAGGCGGCCGGCCGGAGGCGAGGAGGCCCCGGAUGCCGCUUCUGCGCUCCCCGAGAGACGACGGCCCGCCCCGUCCCCGCGGCCUCGCUCUCCGCUGGAUCGGCUCCCGCGGCUUCCCCUCGCACCCGGGCCAGCUCCGCCGGGGAGGGUCUGACCAUUCUCUGUCUCCUGUUGCUACCCUUAAGCACACCUCUGCCGUGGCCUUGACCGAGACCUCCAGGGGCGCAGGGACGGACCUCGGGGCAGCGGCCCGCCCCUCUCCGUGCCCCUCCCCCUCCGCUUCCCCCUCCCGGCUUCCCCUCCGGCCCUGCCCUGCGGACAUGUGUCCUGUGCACCACCCCACGGUGGGGAGGAGACAUGAGUGGUCCCUGCGGGGGCCGGAAGCCCCCCCACCCCAGGUCUUAGGGCCGCCAGUGUCAAAUCUGUGACAAGUGCCUUCACUUAAGCCAGCAGUGCCUGCUUCUCGCCUGCUGUAUGUAGGAAUGUGUAUUAGGUGUCUCGGGCGGGAGCUGGAACAGGAGCAGCCUCCUAGAACCCGACACCCACAGCCAAAGAGCCCCGUGAGCGAGGCCUCCCCUGUUCUGGCCCCCGGAGAGGGCCCGGGGAGCUUGGACGCCCCGAGCCCCCAACUCUUCCUUCAGGAGAGCCGGCCGAACCAGCCCCACUCCAGCGUCACUGCCCAGCCGGCCAAUCGGGAGGCUCCUGAGGAGCAGGCUGCCCCCCCCCCCCCAACUCGGCCACCACCGACUUCUCUGGGAGAGCGCAGGGCAAAGGGGGAGCGCAGCCUCUGCCCCGGAACCUGGGGAGGGGACCUGGCCGAACCGGGGUUCCGGCCCGAAGAAUGGCCCCGACCGAGGAGGAACCAGCUGCCAGUGAUGUUUUUAUCGAAGCUGAGCUCAUUGGGUUUUAAAUUAAGAAACGCACGCUAUUUUAUCUUGUUCCAUAUAAAACACGUGUAAUCCAA